AUAUAAACUCAUUUUUGUGUCUCUCUCUUUCACAAGUACUUUACUUCAUUACACAAACAAACAAAAAUAAGACAAUGGACGAAAGAGUCAACGCUCUUUCCAACAUGAACGAUCUAGAACUUCACGACUUCUUGGUCGAUCCAAACUUCGAUCAGUUCAUAAACCUCAUACGAGGUGAUCAUCAUCAAACCAUAGACGAAAACCCAGUUCUUGAUUUCGAUCUUGGUCCAUUACAAAGCAGCCCUUGUUUCAUUGACGAGAACCAGUUCAUCCCUACACCCGUCGAUGACCUGUUCGACGAAUUGCCUGACUUAGACUCCAAUGUCGCUGAAUCGUUCCGUAGCUUUGACGGUGAGAGUGUUAGAGCUGGUGGUGGUGAAGAAGAAGAAGAAGAUUACAACGACGGAGAUGAUUCAUCAGCCACCACGACUAAUAAUGAUGGUAGCCGUAAGACCAAGACUGAUCGGUCUAGGACUUUGAUCUCCGAGAGGAGGAGGAGAGGUCGAAUGAAGGAUAAGCUUUACGCGUUGAGAUCUCUUGUUCCUAACAUUACUAAGAUGGAUAAAGCAUCCAUAGUUGGAGAUGCGGUGUUGUAUGUUCAAGAACUUCAAUCACAAGCCAAGAAACUUAAAUCCGAUAUCGCGGGCCUUGAAGCUUCUUUAAACUCUACUGGAGGGUACCAAGAACCUGCUCUUGAUGCUCAAAAGACUCAACCUUUUCGCAGUAUCAAUCCUCCUGUUUCCAAGCAAAUCAUUCAGAUGGAUGUUAUACAAGUGGAGGAGAAAGGGUUUUAUGUGAGAUUGAUGUGUAAUAAAGGAGAAGGUGUUGCUCCAUCUCUAUACAAGUCUUUGGAGUCUCUUACAAGUUUCCAAGUGCAGAACUCUAACCUAAGCUCUCCUUCUCCUGACAGAUACCUCUUGACAUAUACGUUAGAUGGGACAUGCUUUGAACAGAGCUUAAACUUGCCUAACCUGAAGCUGUGGAUCACUGGAUCACUUCUAAACCAAGGUUUUGAAUUCAUCAAGCCAUUCACUUGAUUCUGUAACGCUUGCUCUAACGUGUGUAAACCCCGGUCCUGCAUCUUCGUUGAUCGUGUUCCUUCUUACAUGUUUCAUAACUCCCAACGAUCUAAUUUUAAUUCUAGUGAAGAUGUAAUAGAGAUUGUUGAUUUCUCUAUUAAAUAAACACCAUGUUAUAGAGUAAUUUAGAGACACAAAUAUAUGGUUAAAUGAAGUAAUUUCAUGUUAUGUUUAUAA